AUGAAAAAAUACUUUAAAGGUUAUUCUACUAAAAGAAACGUAGGAAAAGACGGAUCUAAGGCGGAUGAAAAUCUGGAAAGCGCAUUAAGCCGUCAUGAUGAAAUGAAGGAAAAACCAAGCAACAGAAGCUUUUCUCGGGAAGAUGUAUUUUUGGAGGAUAAAAUGAAAGAACUGGAUAGUAUUCUACGUGCAAACGAUAAUUAUUUACAUAAUGAACCGGUUAAAAACAAGCAGAGCACCCAUUCGGUACUUUCUCCAAAAGAUCUGAACAUACAAAGCAAAGUGAAUAAGAACUCUCGCAUGUUUCUUAAAUCUGAUUUUUCAUUGCCAAUAAUCGAGGAUCCUACGAUGAGCGACAGCAACUUGUACAAGGAUAAACAAAGAAUAAGGAAAUUGGAAAAGGAAAAGGAAAAAAACUAUAAAAACUCUUCAUCCUAUACACCCUGCUCUCAAAAGCAACAAAGCUAUUUUGGUUCAAGUGAUCAGCAUCGGCCGUUUUCGAGCUUACAAUUAUUUGGAAACUCAUUACUCAACUCAAGAGAUGAAAAGUCAAACCCUAUGUUUAAUUCUAGUUCUUUUUGUGUAACAUCUACUCCUGUGGCACCACGAGGAAGAAAUGCCUCAAUUAUGCCUUAUAAUCGAGUGUCAACUCCAAAAUCCCUUUUAGAUGAAGAUCAUUCUAUGGAAAAGUAUAUUCUUCGUAUUCACGAGCUUGAGCGAAUGUUAACUGAUGAGAGGCAUUUGAACGCAAAUCAUGAAAAAGUUAUUGCCGAGAUGAAGGUUCAAUUAAAGACCCUGCGAAAUGAAUUUCAGUUUGCAAAGAAACUGUUUAUGAAUGCACUCGCUGAGCACCAAGAAAUCAUUAACAACUCUAAAAGCUGUCAACUACAAUCAUCUCACCUGGCAUGA